AUGCUCCCGAGAGUUGCCCAAAUGCAGCAACUGCAAGCCAUGGCCAGAUCAAGGAGCUCGAAGCCGGAGAGAAACAUCGAGGAUCGGCUCCAGCGUCUCGAGCAGACAGUCCGUUCUUUGAGCAGCUCCAUUGAUCAAGCCUUGCAGACCUUAUCUGCAGCAUCCUCAAGCAGGGAUGAGACUCGAGGACCGGAUCCGAACAAUUGUCCCAUGGCGACUGGCAAUAACCGGCCUACCGCGCAACUGUAUAUUGGCCCUUCACAUUCUUUCUCUUUCCUUGAAGAGACAGCCUCUAGCAUGAAGACAAUUCGCCAACCGCCACAUGACGCUACUCUCCAGAACGCCAUUUCGGAGCUUGGGCAUCUUUCGUCUAGGCUGACCACAGCACACGUCAAGAAUUCCACGGAAGACUUGUCGACCUUCUACGUGCCAUCAAGAGCGGCAGGCUAUGGCCUAAUUAGCAAGUUCUUGGAAUGUGCUGAGCUCGGUGAGCCAUUUUUUCGCCUCCCACCCGAUGAUAUCUUGAAGCAGGUCGUUUUCGAGCCUCAGAACGUCCAGGAGAAGGCAUGGGUCGUCUAUUUCAAUUACCUGCUACUGGCCGCCGUCUCUGCUGAGAAUUAUCAAGAUGAGGAAAAGUUCCGACGUAACACACACCUGGCACUCAAAGACAGUAGCAUUUUUCUUGUGCCACAUGUCUCUCAUGUGCAGGUUCUGGCUUUGCUAGCUAUUCAUGGCGAAGACUUUGCUGCACCGAAUAUAUCUUGGAUGCUACUAGGCCAUGCAUGUCGCCAGGCUGAAGCUCUGGGGCUGCAUAUGUCCACUCGCGAAGCCACGCCUGAAUUAUCACAGCACCGUCUAUGUCUCUUUUGGAUGCUAUUUAUACUAGACAAGUCUUGUGCCCUGGCAUUUGGCCGGCCGGCCUUUCUGUCCAUAUCACUAUACCGCCAUGUGCCGCUGCCAGAUGACCAGUUCAUGUUGAAAUUUCAGCCUCAUUAUGCGGCAGAGCACAGAAACCGACAGCACCAUCCGCAAGUCAAUAAUUUCGGCGUGCUGGUUUUCAAAAGAUCUGUUGAGUUGGCUAAAUUAACAGGAUAUGUCUUGGAAAUCCUGGCUACGGGCAAGUCAUCAAUAACAAAGAGUGACAUACAGUCGAAACUAAACGCCUGGUUUCUGCAAACAAACAAGCUAUUAUCGGAAUCCAUAAGUAUCGAAAGUACUUCGACCGAUGCUAGACAAAUCCGGGAAAUGAAUCUGGGAAUCAACAGCAUGAGAUUCCAAUACCUGCACAUUCUCGUUCUCUUGCUGAAGGAAGAUGGGCAGUCCUCCGAUACUCUUCUGGCAUGCGCCCGCGAAGCGAUUUCUCUUCUACCAUCUCUGGUGUCGAACUGGGGCUCAGUAUACAACGGAUUAAUCUGGCAGCUUCUGUAUUAUGUGUUUACCCCUUUCUUCGUGAUAUUCGAGAACGUCGUCCGUCCUGACAGCCAGGGACCGACAAUUGAGCAGGAUCUCUGUUUAUUGGCAACAACGGUAACCUACUUUACCGACAUGCGAGCCCAAAUGCGCCUGCUGGCUAGUGUCUGCUCCAAGUUGCGACACACCGCGGCUAUUUUUCUCCAGCUGGCUCAAGCUCAUGUUCGCAAUAAAACCUCAACAAAACCCGGCAGCAAAGCGACUCGCUCAUCAAAACGAAUCAAUACCUCAAGACUUGAUGGGCCUGCCACACAGGCCUGCGAGGGUUCGACUGAUGCUGGUCUGGGGCAACUUGAUAUCACCAGUUACCUAGAAUGGCUACCAGGAGACAUGGACGCUACAUGUCGGAUGCUGGAAGUCGAGAUGCAAGAUGCCACUGAUCAUCACUCUGGUCUAGGUGAGGGAAGCAAUCUAACGGAAUUUCCAAUCCGCAGACCGACAUCGGAUCGCGUCUUUGAUUGGUUUUCGUGGGACGUCUACUAUGCCGACAUUGACUCGUGA